CUCACACACACCGAGUGUAUGCUCGCUGUGAAGCCGUAGGAAUGGAGAGCGCAAAGGACCUGAGCGAUGUUGAGAUUUCUUUAAUCCAUCUGGAAUUCUGAAAGGGAACACGAGGCAAUUUAAUUUCCUCUUGUUUUGAGAGCGAGAGGGCCACGAGGUUAUAUCCAUAAUGACUUCUUCACUUGGUGAACUAUUCCAGAAGUAAGCUUCGCCUAUUAAACGCAUUAGGAUGUCUCAACCCACGAGCAGCAAGGAACAUUGGAAACCAUGGGAGUUUUCGGGAAUCAGCCGACAGGAGCUGGCCUUGGCAGAAGCUCUUCAGAUGGAGUACGAUGCGCUUUCAAGACUUCGACAGAACAGCACAACAGCAAAGGACGAUGGCAAGCCCAAACACAUUAACAGCCUGCAGUUGAUUUCCUUUGAGGACCCUUUGUUGGAAUAUAGUCAAAUAAGAAAUGACUGCAAUGUCAUUAAAGGAUCUCAUGGUCUGUCUGGGUCAGACACUGGUCUCAAUUAUUGCAAAGGCUCCCCACUGCUAAGUGAAGGUAUCGCUUGUUCUUCUACCUCAGCCCCUGGCCUGCCAGAUCCAUGCCAAGAGGACCAGGAAUAUUAUCCAUUGUGGAAGGUUGUGUCUACUGCUACCACUACCACAAACACCUCUAAUGGUGACUCAAAUCCCCAAUCUAUGAGUACAGGCCUCCUUGCUAGCGAAGGGACAUCUUGCCAACAAGGAGAUUGUUCCAUCACUGACUAUGUUCCACCAGUCCCACCACGAGUUCCUCUUGGCCAAAGUCGAAAUGCCACAUUAACAGACCAUUGGCCCAAGGGUUUACCCAGUGAGAGUAUUGUGAAAUUGAACAUACCUAAUGAUAUCAAUCUCUUUUCUCCCAGCAAUGAUGAUUCAAAUGGAAAAAUUGUUGAACCUCCAAACAUUUACUCUGGCCAAAAGUUUUCUGAUGAUGAUUUUGAAUUGAUUGACUAUGAUGACUUGAAUGAUGCCAUAACAAAGCUGAAUCUAAUGUCCAGCUAUGGGGAAAAUACAAAACUGAUACGAGUCGGGAACAUCGGUCCUAACUCCGCCUUUAAAGGAAAAGACAGAAAGCGGGAGACAUCUGGGAAACCUGUCAGUAGAAGUAAGACUCUCCCACCUCAGGUCCCGCCAAGGACCUAUGUGUCCAGAUAUGGAAACCAGAACAAUGCAGUACAUCAAGCCAAAAAUCAAAGGGUGUCCAUUGAACAGGGUUCCUUUCACCAAACCUUCGAGACGGGAAGCUAUGAGCUACUAGAAGUCUCAGAGGAGCGGAAUGAGGAGGUUGCAGCAUUCUGUCACAUGCUGGAUGUGCUCCGAGUUGGCUAUACCUGUGAAAGAGGUGAGAAUGUGGGAUUAAUUUGGAGUCCAAUUGUCAUCCGAAAUGACCAGCACGGCGAUGGCAUCAGUGUGAAAGUUACUGUGUCCGCUAGCAGUCUGUCAGAGCCACUUACAUUCACAUGUGAUGGGGGCUCCACCGUGGAUCUCAUUAUCUAUCAAACACUCUGCUAUAUUUAUGACGAUCUCGGAGGCAUAAAUGUUGACAACUUUAUCUUGAAGAUCUGCGGAUUGGAAGAAUUUCUUCAGAACAAACACACAAUCGGGAGCCACAAAUACAUUCAGUUUUGCCGCAAGUUUGAUGUGGACAUCAAGCUUUACUUGAUGGAGCUCAAAAACGUUUGCAAGGACUUGAUUCGAGUUGCCAGUGAUGACAAAAGCCCAUCGACUCUUAAUCAUUACAUACACUUACAAGAGAGACCCUUAAAACAAACCAUAACCAGACAAGCUCUUACCCUUCUCUUCAACACUUACCAAAAUGAGGUGGAUAGCUUUCUGAUGGCAGAGGGGGAUCAUUCACAGAAAGCCGAGAGGGUGGUCCAGUCUGUGAUGGCAAUUUGCAACGCACUUGCCUUAAUUGAAACACAGGAGAUAACCAACGCUCUGAACCAGUUGCCACCCUGCCCUUCACGGCUGCAUCCCAGGAUCCAGAAGGAUCCAAGCACGCUGGCAAGAAAAGAGAAUCGAGUGAUAAUUGGAGAGUCUUUAACAGCUGCCAUCUUGGACCUGGUGGAGCUCUACUGUAACAGCUUUAAUGCAGAUUUCCAGCCAGUGGCUCCAAGUCGGAAGGAUACUCAGACACAGAGUGCACGCCUCGUUGACAGUCCUCUUACCUUCACCAUCUAUGCAGCUCAUAGGAUUCCUAUCACAUGGGCAGCUAGUUAUGAAGAUUUUUUUCUGUCAUGUGGACUCAGCCAUGGGGGGAAGGAGCUUUGCGGUCAGCUGCAGACAAAGAAAACUCACAUCUAUAAGUACCUCUUCCAUCUUCUCAUAUGGGAUCAGAAGAUCUGCUUUCCCAUCAAUAUUAACCAGCUGCCAAGAGAGACCCUCCUGACACUGACACUCUAUGGCUUUCCUGUUCUUCCCCCUGGGAGCUCGUCAGAAGCCAGCAAGCAGCGGCGCACCCCCGAAACUAUGGGCUGGGUGACGAUGCCACUCUUCAACUUCAGACAUGUACUGUCAUGUGGUAGAAAGCUACUUGGAUUGUGGCCAUCCUGCCAACGAACUGGCCUCACCACAUCAACUGACUGUAAUUUCAUUCAACCAGACAGUGUAAUCAUUCAGAUUGAUUUCCCAACCUCGGCAUUUGAUGUCAAGUUCGUGACACCUCCAGCAGCAGAAUUCAGCCCCAAGUACGAGUUCAGUAGCCUGGAUAAUGAGUCAAGGAAACAUCUGAAGGAAGUGAUGCAGAAGAAGUCUCUCUUCUGGCUGACGGAAGCAGACAAGAGGCUGUUGUGGGAAAAGCGAUACUACUGUCAUUCAGAAUGCAGCUGCCUGCCUAUGGUGCUCGCCAGUGCCCCCAGCUGGGAGUGGGCUUGCCUGCCUGAUAUCUACACCUUGCUCAAACAGUGGAAUUGCCUAAGCCAUCUGGAUGCCUUAGGAUUACUCCACGCUGCGUUCCCUGAUCAAGAGCUUCGCCGCACUGCAGUGCAGUGGAUGGAAACCAUGUCUACAUCUGAACUUGUGGAUUUUCUACCUCAGUUAGUACAAGCCCUGAAGUUCGAGUGUUACCUGGACAGCCCCCUGGUGCGGUUUCUGCUGCGGAGAGCCAUCUGUGAUGUAAAAAUUGCUCAUUAUCUCUACUGGUUACUGAAGAAUGCAUUGAAUGACUCCCAUUUCAAUGCUCGAUACCAGCAUCUUCUUGGAGCCUUGCUAUGCUGUGUGGGGAAGGGCAUGAGGGAAGAGUUUGAUAAACAGACCAAACUCGUCCAGAUUCUGGCCAAGAUAGCACAGAAGGUCAGAGACACCACUCUGUCAGCUCGCCAGACUGUUUUGCGUGAAAACAUGGAGGUAGUGCAACAGUUCUUCAGCUUUCAGAAUCAUUGUCGUUUGCCUUUAAACCCCAGUCUUUUAGCCAAAGGGGUAAAUCCAAAGGCUUGCUCUUUCUUCAAUUCUAAUGCUGUGCCUCUGAAGAUUUCCUUCAUCAAUGCAGACCCUUUGGGGGAUAACAUUGACAUCAUUGUUAAGACUGGGGAUGACUUGCGACAGGACAUGUUGACACUUCAAAUGAUUCACAUCAUGAACAAGAUCUGGAUUCAGGAGGGCCUGGAUAUGCGUAUGAUCUUCUUCAAGUGCACCGCGACAGGAUGGGAGCGAGGAAUGGUGGAGUUGAUUCCACAUGCAGAGACCUUGCGGAAAAUCCAGGUGGAGCAUGGGGUGACAGGAUCUUUCAAAGACCAUCCGUUGGCAGAAUGGUUACAGAAACACAACCCAAAUGAAGAAGAGUAUGAAAAGGCUGUGGAAAAUUUCAUUUACUCCUGCGCUGGCUGCUGUGUGGCCACUUACGUCCUGGGCAUCUGUGACCGACAUAAUGACAACAUCAUGCUGAAGACCAGUGGCCAUAUGUUCCAUAUUGAUUUUGGCAAAUUUCUUGGACAUGCCCAGAUGCUGGGCAACUUUAAGAGAGACCGGGCUCCAUUUGUUUUCACCUCGGACAUGGCCUAUGUCAUUAAUGGUGGCGACAAACCCUCCAGCCGGUUUCAUGACUUUGUUGACCUGUGUUGUCAGGCAUACAAUCUCAUCCGCAAGCACACUGACCUGUUCCUCAAUCUCCUGGGACUGAUGCUUUCCUGUGGAAUUCCAGAGCUGUCUGAUGUUCAUGACCUGAAAUAUGUUUAUGACACCCUUCGACCACAAGAGUCAGAGGCUCAGGCUACCACCUAUUUUACAAGGCUAAUCGAAUCAAGUCUUGGUAGUGUGGCAACUAAGCUCAACUUCUUCCUUCACAACCUGGCCCAGAUGAAGUUUGCUGGAAGCGAUGAACAUCCAACACUCUCCUUUGCUCCCAAAAUGUACACGAUGAAAACCGAUGGGAAGAUCAAGGAAGUGUUUGUCUGUCAACAUCAAAAGAUAUUUAACCCCGCUAAAGGAUAUGCUUACGUUGUGAAAGUAGAGCGAGAAGGACAGCACGAAGCUACGUUCAUACUGAGAACCUUUGAGGAGUUUCAUGAACUCCACAAUAAACUCCGCCUCAUUUUCCCAUCAUCGAAACUGCCAAGCUUCCCGAGCAGGUUUGUGCUCGGCCGAGGGGCAGCAAUGGCUGAUAGACGCAAGGAGGAACUGGAUGGUUACAUCUGGCACUUAAUCCACUCUCCCCCUGAAGUGGCUGAGUGUGAUCUGGUGUACACCUUCUUCCAUCCAUUCCCAAAGGACGACAAGUCCAUGACUGGAAACUUGCUGCCAAAGCCAACAGAUGGACCACCAACACCACCAAUGGGCAAGGUCGGAGGGGAAGUGAAGCUGUCUAUCUCGUACAAGAACGAUAAGCUUUUUAUCAUGGUGAUGCACAUUCGAGGACUUGUUUUGCAAGAUGGGACUGAUCCAGAUCCUUAUGUCAAAAUCUACCUGCUGCCAGAUCCACAGAAAACGAGUAAAAGGAAGACUAAAGUGGCUCGAAAGACUUGCAAUCCAACAUAUAAUGAAAUGUUGGUGUAUGAUGGCAUUCCCAAAGGAGACGUGCAGCAGCGGAUUAUCCACUUACGUGUGCUGAGUGAGGAAGCAUUCCGCGAGAACAUCAUGCUCGGUGAAGUGCACAUUAACCUCAAGGACUUCAAUCUGAACCAGAAAAUAGUUGGUUGGUAUCACUUGGGAUCAACAGCCCCACAGUGAAUUUAAUUCUGAGAUUCAGAGUACAUCACGAAGGGCUGCCUGUUGGACCUCUGCAAGAUUGGGAUAAUGGGCGCAGAAUGAGAAAUAAACAGUUUGUGUUUCUUUUUCAAUUUUAUUUGUGAACGGACACGAGGUUAAAAUAUUCAAACAAUAUUUUUGAGCCUCUUUAUAUUGGAACAUGUUGAAGAGACACUGCCCGCAGUCCCAAGGAUUACUGGGUGUGAUGUUGCAUGUGUCAAGAGAUGCAAACAGUUUGCUCCCAAGUUGUGUAUUAUUACACUAUGAAAAUGAAGGUAAAUGUUUGAACUGUUUAUAUGCUUUUAAACUGUGCUGUGGGCAACCAUGUCAUGAAGAAGGACUUAACUUCAAUUUUUUUUUGCACUAAACUUAAGCAAGAGGAAGGAGUAAACCCUCCAGGAAUUAAUCAAAGUUCAUGAAUAGAAAAGAAGCAGAACGGAGAGCUUCUGUCGACUCACUGUAUUCCUGCUACUCUGUUCUGUCUCAUGUCCCCAGGUGGGAAGUGGAUAGUUCAUAGUCCUUCUGGCUUCAAGACGUGAAUGAAGCCUUGCGAACAAGACAUUGUGGGGUGAAGUCGCCCCAAUGUAUGUAAUACGGCCUCACGAAACAUGAUAACGGAAGUGGAUCGUUCAGCCUUACCAUGUAAACUGUCUUGCAAAGCGCGCUGAAUUUGAGAUUGGUUUUGGGUGACAGCACUAAACAGAUGUUACAAGAUUAGCUGCCUGUAAAACACUCACUCCAUGUUCAGUUGCAUUGAAGAAAAUGGAACCAGCUAGUGGGUGGGUGGGGUGCAAAGCAAGAAGCUCACGCAAUAGUCCCUGGUUAAUACCACUGCAUAAGUUGAAUUUCCUUCACCCUAAGGAGUAGAAAUAAACAAGAGCAACUUCCAUUGGUUAGAAUUAUAUUUGAUGCAAAUUCAAAACUACAGGCAAUUUUAACUUAACCAUCUGAUUAUCUGAGUGAGCUUGUCUAUUUGCUCUGCAAAUCAGGAAAAUAAUGAUAAAUCUCCUUUACAUAUGCUGGAGUUCUCUUGCCAAGUGCUUGUAUAAAAAGCAAAUGAAAUAAUGCAGGGUGGUGUAUAAUCCAUCAAUUGGCCAGAAAGGUAAGACAUGGCAGAGACAACCCACAUUCAGUUCACGGUCUAUCCGACAUCAUUUGAUUUCAGCUGAGUUAGAUAUUGGUGCAAUUGUACAGACCUUGAAUACACUGUCAAAGACAACAGGGACUGAAGGAGAAUUGGGGAUGACAGAUACAGAGAGGUCAGGUGGCUUAUCACUGGUCUCUUCUCCACACUGAACACAAUGUUGAAGCUGAUAUUGGAUUUAUCACCACAGCCCUUCAUUGUCUAAAACCCUGCAAACAUUCAGUCAUUCCAUUCACAUGAUCAGUUUAAAUGAAUUAUUAAAGGAUACUGGCACCUAAGUGAUAAUCCUUCUGAUCCCUAAUCGUUAAUAGGUUCUGUAGAUGAUGCUGUACUAACUCAUAAAUGCAUUUAAUUAAUCAGAUUAGAUUCGUUCCUUCACACAAUGGACUGGGUGAGCAUCUAUCCAUGUGUAUUCAUUACCUUCAUUGGUCAGUUUUUACUGGGUUAAUCUUGGAAGAGUGACUCAGCAUUAACUGAAACCAAGUAUUUGACUCCCAAACACUCAGAUUGUAAUUCUGUCCAAAUUUAAAAUAUUGUGAAACCAUGGAAAUGUACAAGCAUGAGGUUGUUGGGUCACUGGAGAUGGUGCUACCUGGUCUAAACCGUGUUCCUCACUUAAUCUGGAACUUGCAGGCGGCAGAUCUUCAACUGCACAUUUGACUAUUUUUUUAAAUGUGUUGCAAGUUCCUGCUUCAGCCUUCUUCCUUGACCACUUUCAACGUCUGCUAGAAAGAAUUUACACUCAUCCACCCUCUAACCCUUCUAAUUCCUUUCAAGGUUUUGGAACUUCUCUAUAUAGUUAAGCAGGUGAUAAUGUGUCAACAGAUCAAUUUCUGUCUCUCUGUGUUCUCCAUAAGCUGCUGCUAUUGCAGAGAGGCACAGCUGACAGGAGCUCCUUACUUCCAGCCGAUCUUUCAACCUGCGACUCACAGCAUAAAAGAGAUUAGGAACCCCUGGUUUAGAUUAUGCCUGAUCUGAAUUUUAACUCCAUUUACUCAUCUUGGUCCAAAUGCUUGAAUCGCCUUAAAUUGAAAGAAUCCUGCCCCUGUCAGAUUAUAUGUUAUUCGGUUCCCUGCCUCAGCAGCUCUUUGCGGGGAGAUUAUUCCAGGCCACCAUUACCCAGUGUGUGCAGAGAGGGCAGCAUUUGGUGUUGGGUAAACAAAGUGCUGAACUCAGUGCUACUUAGAAUGGGGACCACAGCAUUUCUCUAAAGUUAAAAGUCUAUUCGAAACUUAAUCUUAUGUCAACAGGUCAGUUUGUAUCUCUGUGUGUUCUCCAUUAGGCUGUGGCUGUUACAGAGAGGCACAGUUGACAGGAGCUCCUGAUCCACAUAGGCACAGGAGCUCCUUAUUUCUGGCCUAUUUUUCAGCUAGACCAUGUGUGAUCUGAAUUUUAACUCUAUUUACCCACCUUGGUCCAAAUGCCUGAAUCCCCUUAAUUGAAAAAAUUCUGCUCCUCUCAGAUUAAAUGUUCAUUUGCCAGUGCAGCUUUUUGUGGAGGGAGGGGGUUAUUCUAUGCCUCUAUUACCUAAUGUUUGCACAGAGGAUUGUAUAUAGUGUUGGGUAAACAAAAUAACUUUGCUCUCCAUUCUAAGGAGCACUGAGGUGAAGAUCAAAUCAUUUGCGAGUCAUUUGCUACCAAGUGCUGCCAUUCCUCUGGUGAGCUCAGCACUUAAAUGUUCCGGUGGUGGGGAUGAGUGUGAGUGAGGGAUGGUGAUUCAGCAGACCUUUGAGCAUCAACCAUGAAUGCACUUUACCCUUGUUUCUUAAUUGUUUGACUGAUACGAACCUGAUGUCAUACUUGGUAAUGCUGUGCACAGGGAAAGCAUGGCCCUCCUUGUACUGUGGGAUGUGCAUGAGCAAGACACGGUUCACUGCUGAAUCUCGGGAACUGAGAUGAAGUUGCACAUCUUGCCUCUUGUUGGUUCCUGCUUGAACCAAGCGGUUGCUGUGUUGCCACUUUCUGUAUUGCUCAUUUGUGGAUACUGACAAGGACAUUGUUUCUGUUGGGAUGGAGAUUCUAACUCACAGUUUUCCUCAAUUGUAUGCUUCCUUCCAGUUCCUUUUUCAGAGGCAGCUAAGGAAGAAACUUAGUGAAAUUCCCAACUCUUGUUUGGGUUUACCUUUAUACAUAAGGAAAGGCACCAUUGACUUGUACUGAAAUGUCCUUUUUAUUAACUAAUGAAAGUUAUACUGUAAGAUUUGUUUGCAGAUCUUCUUUGUCUGUAAGUAAUUUACUUCUGAAUGAUGUGCAAUGCUGUUGUUGAAUAUUUAAAAAAAUUUUAAAAAAGUAUCUUGUCUGUUG